AUGGAUCAGUACAAACUCGAAAUAAAAGAAGAGGAGGUGGACGUUCAUCUAGACCAAAUGGAGCAGCAGGACCCGAGUUUAACCGAACAGGACCGGUACAUUAGCGGAUUAAAGAUGGAGCAGCAGGACCGGUCCAUUAGCAGAAUAAAAAUGGAGCAACAGGACCCGAGUUUAACUGAGCAGGACCGGUCCAUUAGCGUUAUAAAGGAGGAACAGCACGACCCGAGUUUAACCGAACAGGACCCGAAUUUAACCGAGCAUGACCGGUCCAUUAGCGGAAUAAAGGAGGAAGAGCAGGACUCGAGAUUAGGCGAACAGGACCGGUCCAUUAGCGGAAUAAAGCAGGAGCAGCAGGACCGGUCCAUCAACGGAAUAAAGAUGGAGCAACAGGACCCGAGUUUAACCGAACAGGAGGAACAGCACGACCCGAGUUUAACCGAACAGGACCAGAAUUUAACCGAGCAUGACCGGUGCAUUAGCGGAAUAAAGGAGGAAGAGCAGGACUCGAGAUUAGGCGAACAGGACCGGUCCAUUAGCGGAAUAAAGCAGGAGCAGCAGGACCCCGACCACGCCGAUCAACAGGAACACAAAGGAAGAAGAGCUUCAGGGCUGUGUCUCUGUCAGCAAUGUAGCCAGGCCCUCGCCGAAACAUCGGAGCUAAAGAAUCAUCAAAAGGUUCACUCUGGAGAGAAACCAUAUGGCUGUGACCAGUGUGGCAAAACUUUCUCUGCAAAACAUAACUUAGGGACCCAUCAUCAAAUUUAUACUGGAGAAGAACCACACACCUGCAUCCAAUGUGGUGUAGCUUUCUACAGGUCAAAGGAUUUAAGAAUCUACUGUUGUGGUCGCACUGGAGAGAAACGGCACUCCUGUGAACAGUGUGGAAAAGCGUUCUCUCGCCUCAGCGAUUUACUGGUACACCAACGCGUUCACACUGGAGAGAAACCUUACUCAUGUGAACAUUGUGGGAAAGCUUUCUCUCACAGCAGUAGUUUACGUGCACACCAACGGUUUCACACUGGAGAGAAGCCCCAUUCAUGUGAACAGUGUGGAAAAGUGUUCAGUCGGCGCACAAAUUUACAGGCACACAAACUUGUUCACACUGGAGAGAAACCUCAUUCAUGUGAACAAUGUGGAAAAACAUUUUUUCAGCUCAGUCAGUUACGGGCACACAAACGUCUUCACACUGGAGAGAAACGCCAUUCAUGUGAACAGUGUGGAAAAGCGUUUUUUAAAAGCAGUACAUUACUUGCACACAAACGUGUUCACACUGGAGAGAAACCUCACUCAUGUGAAGAGUGUGGAAAAGCUUUCUCUCAAAAAAGUAGUUUACGGGCACACCAACGUGCUCACACUGGAGAGAAACCUCACUCAUGUGAAGAGUGUGGAAAAGCAUUCUCGAGGAGCAGUAAUUUACAGAAACAUCAACGUAUUCACAGUGGAAAGAAAUCUCACUCAUGUCAACAGUGUGGAAAAGCAUACUUUCAGCUCAGCGAGUUACAGGAACACCAACGUAUUCACACUGGAGAAAAGCCUCAUUCCUGUGAACAGUGUGGGAAAGUGUUUUCUCACAGCAGUAGAUUUCUUGCACACACACGUGUUCACACUGGAGAAAAGCCUUACUCAUGUGAACAGUGUGGAAAAGCUUUCUCUCAAAAAAGUAGUUUACGGGCACACCAACGUGUUCACACUGGAGAGAAACCCUACUCAUGUGAACUGUGUGGAAAAGUGUUCUCUUGGCUCAGUAAUUUUCAUGUACACCAACGUAUUCACACUGGAGAGAAACCUUACUCAUGUGAACAGUGCGGAAAAGCCUUCUCUCAAACAAGUAAUUUACGAGCACAUCAGCGUGUUCACACUGGAGAGACAAUUGUCUAACUAAACGAAACUAUAUGGUCCUAGGAUGUUCUGUGACUUUGAAAAUUGUUUUUUUCUUAUUCUAUGCAGUCAGUGAAUAGUGUAUGACUUCUUAUGUUUAGCGCUGAACUUACUCAUGCAAACAAUCAAGUUUGUCGUACACCAGGUUUAGGUGUCUGACAUUCUGUUUGACUGACUAAUAGUUUAUGACCUGUCUCUGCCUGGUACACCCUGGACGUAGCUUCCAAACCCAAGAACGUGAAGCUGUGUGUCUCUUUGUCUGCUGAGACCACCCCACCAGUUACAUGUGUACUUGAACUAGACCUUCCAUUGUCAGGGUGCAUGGAUACAGCUUUAAGACAUACCUCUGUUACUGGUCACCACUCCUCUCGAGGCAAUAUAGCCUAUAGUAAGCUCAGUGAUUGUUUGAUCCCCACCUUGUCAGAGUGCAAACGGUCCUGGGGGAAACAAUCUGGGAGAGUGUGUGUGCGGGGUACUUACCAGGUUAGCUAGCUAGCUGGCUGGUGCUGCGCUUUCGCCGUGCUCCCCCUUCACCGGGUGCAGGUCGGCGGUGAGAUAGAUCCUCCGCGUUGGGUUCCGUUUUGCACGGAUCGCCGCGUUUGGCUCUUGAUCCGUGAGGUUUGCUUCUCCAGCAGCCUGCGUGAGCACAGCAGCGCUUGGGUUCCCCAUUGUGAUCCCUGCAGCACAGUGCAUAAAGAAACACAUUCAUUAUUGCCCCUUAAUUUUUAUGAGCCUCCAGCGUCUUGGCACUGUUGGACACAUCCCCCUUCAUUUCGUAGCGAAGCCCAAUAUUAUAGAAGAAAGCGUACAAGGGUGGCGGGUGGUGGGAGAGAGUGUGGUGCCAACAUUAUUCGCUGUUUCUCACUGUGUUUAGAAAAAAAGCUUGUUAGCUACGUGUCUCUGUAGCAGAUUGUCCGUGCCACAGCUUUGGGGAGCUGGGCCCUGCUUGUCUGGCUCUGCUGCAGGCAAUGUGGCUGCUUCACCUUGCAUGUUUGCUCUCAGCGCACCGAAUGAAAGACGUACAGGAAGCAGCCUGUAGCGUGACAUUUUUAUUUUCAUAGUUCUAUUCUGUGAUUCGUCAGGAGCCGUUUUCUGUAUGGUGUUGUCUGCAGGAAACGGGCGAGAUCAGCGACGUUUUUAAUGUCUACUGACUGACUGUGGGAGUGUGCUGGUACUGAUGUCCCACACCUCUGAUUGAUUGACCCGUUUUAAUAGAGUCACCACAGUGCACAGCUGUUGCAUUGUUUGGUUCCUGUCUGCACACACACGUCUGUACAGAGUUUUUUGAAUAGGAGAGUUACAGUUUUUACUUUGUGUGAAAAGUCAGCGGGAUGAGGGGAAAACAGACAUCUCUGCUGCCAUGCUGCACCUGCUAUGGCUCUGUGGUUCUGUUCCGGUGGUGCUGCCUGCGGCAUUUUGUGCUUGGACGCAAACCGGUUUGUUACAUCAUGUAUCUCCCUCAUCAGUGUCCUGUAGUUGCUUUUGUGUGUCUACUGGGAAUACAUAUUUGGUGCUGUGUAGUGGAGCUGGUUGCGUCUCUCCCGCUGGACAGAUUAAUGCUGCCAGUUGCUGUUGAUCUGGGCCCUCGUGCUGAUGGCAGCUACUGACAGUCCUGCCACGGCUUCUAUGGUGAUGUCCCUGUUUGUGUGGUCGGCAGUGCUUGCGGGUGUUCGACCCACUCCUGGACUUUCCCUGGCUUCAGACGGGAUUCUCAUGGCAGCUUUGGCCGUCCAUUCCUCACAUGAGCAGAGGAGUCGGACUGCAGCGCCACAGCAGUGCAAGGUCCUCCUGUACAUUUUUUGGCACGCUACUCCCACACACUUUCAAGUACAGAUACGGCUCAAAUAUAAAAUCAAUAAAAUAAAUAAUAAUAAAUAAAUAAAAUAUCAAUAUUACUUUUUUGCCACAUUAAAAUUAAGGAGAUAUUGCGUGGGAGACCAACAGCAGACAGGAACCAAACAUUGUUUGAGCUUCAUAUUAUAUAGAUAUAUACUUUUAAUAUCUCUAACCACUUUCAGCUAUUUGUUUUAAUGUUUCAGCAUUUCUUGAGUUUUAAAUUAAACAUUACAGCAAUCAACAUUAUAUGCAGAUUUUCAGCUCAGUGCAUUGUGGGUAAUGCACCAACAGAAAGUGUAAGUGAAGGGGUUAUUCUUGCAGUGAUUGAUGAAUGAGUUUACAUUAUGUAAUGGAAAUGUAAUCUUUGUGAAGGUGUUUUCUAUUGUGACAGAACAAAACAUUGCAUUCAGCAUAAAAUGAUCAAAUCUAUGAACCCGCUGUUUUGUAUGUAACCCUUUUCACUGAUUUGUGAAUGACCAUAAAACUGUUUGUACAGAUAAAAUAUAUUAUUUUGACUCCUUAGCAACAAUCCAGAUAUAAAGGGGGGCACAGAGAUAGAGAUUUCAUAAUUACACUCUCGCAGGGCAACUGCACUGUAAAUGCACUGUUUCUGCGUACUUCUCUUCUUGCAAGAAUAAACCAUAGAAAGACAA